CCGCUAACGCUGACGUCGACUUGUGCAGCAAAAUGGCGUCGUCGACGGCGGUGAGGCAGGCGGACCGGUUCGGUUCUUUGCUAUUUUCUCCAAAGCGAACCGGAAUGAAGACGAGGCGGCGGUGGACGCUGCUGGACUGCAGCGUCCUGCUGCUGCUGUCGUUAGCCUCCAUGCUGCACUGCGCUGCGGCGGACGGCAAAACGCUGGUGCUGCUGGACAACCUCAACAUCAAAGACACCCAUUCAAUCUUCUUCCGCAGUCUGGCAGAUCGUGGAUUUGACCUCUCGUUCAAGACCGCCGAUGAUCCCUCCCUGUCCUUGAUCAAAUACGGGCAGUUCCUCUACGACCAUCUAAUCAUCUUUGCGCCGUCGGUUGAAGACUUUGGUGGAAAUAUAAACUUGGAGACUAUAACGUCCUUCAUUGAUGGCGGAGGCAACGUCCUGGUUGCUGCAAGUUCAGAUAUCGGUGACCCUUUGAGGGAGUUGGGUAGCGAGUGUGGCAUUGAGUUUGAUGAGGAAAAGACCGCCGUCAUUGACCACCACAACUAUGACAUUUCCGACCCUGGAGAGCACACCCUGAUCGUUGCUGACCCAGAGAACCUGCUUAAAGCGCCCACUAUUGUUGGCAAACCCACCAACAAACCUGUUCUGUUCAAGGGUGUUGGCAUGGUUGCUGACCCAGACAACCCGCUUGUCCUGGACAUCCUUACUGGUUCUUCAACCUCCUACUCCUAUUUCCCUGACAGACCCAUCUCUCAGUACCCCCAUGCUGUCGGGAAGAACACCCUGCUGAUUGCUGGGCUGCAGGCCCGAAACAACGCCAGAGUGGUUUUUAGCGGGUCCCUGGACUUCUUCAGCGACGCUUUCUUCAACUCUGCUGUCCAAAAAGCCAGGCCAGGUUCUCAAAGGCAUGAGCAAACGGGGAACAUGGAGCUGGCUGUGGCUCUGUCCCGCUGGGUGUUUAAGGAGGCAGGAGUGCUCAGAGUGGGCGCGGUCAGUCAUCAUCCUGUGGGAGAGACGGCUCCUCCUGCAGCGUACACGGUCACGGACCUCGUGGAGUACAGCAUCGUCAUUGAGAUGUUGUCAGAGGGCCGCUGGGUCCCCUUUGACGGAGAUGACAUUCAGUUUGAGUUUGUGAGGAUCGAUCCCUUUGUCAGAACUUACCUCAAGAAAAACGGAGGUAAAUACAGGGUUCAGUUCAAAUUGCCGGACGUGUAUGGAGUCUUCCAGUUCAAGGUGGACUACAACCGGCUGGGUUACACGCAUCUCUACUCAUCCACUCAGGUUUCAGUCCGCCCCCUGCAGCACACUCAGUACGAACGCUUCAUUCCCUCAGCCUUCCCGUACUACGCCAGCGCCUUCUCCAUGAUGGCAGGACUCUUUGUCUUCAGUGUAGUCUUCCUGCACAUGAAAGAGAAGGAAAAGUCAGACUAAAGCACAGAGAACAUUGGGCAUGGGACAACAAAAAGUGUGAAACUUAAAUUGUGGUGGGAGGAAUUGAAAGUAAAUGUCAAAGUGGCUCAAACUUGUCAUUUUGAGAUGUGGACUGUUCAUAUUCUGUUAUUAAGGGUAUGUGACUAGUUUGUGGGUCACAUUGGGGUACCGACUGCAAUUGAAUGCAGUAUUUCUUUUUGUUUUUGUUUUUUCCAAAUAAGCCUCUUUAAAAUCCCUGAAAGCCCCGUAUGCUGUGAAGUUUCUGUAUAGUUGCCUCACAUCUGGUUAAAAUCUAAGAUGCAGCAUUUGCAAAUGAUGUUGAAAUCCUAAAUUGUUCCCUGAAAAUGCUUUUGUGUUUCAAACAUGCACUGAUUAUGCCAACCGUUCUUUUGUUUUUAAAAGAAACUUUUGAAAAAGCUGCAGGCCUCUUUGAAAUAAAAUCACAUUCCACUGGG